GGUCCCUACGCGCUUUGCGCGUAGCCUCUGCAACAAAAGAAGGUUGAGACGUACGAAUGAGAAAGUUAAUUGCAUCCCAUAGCCAUUCGAGGUGCUACCACGCACCGCUGUCCUUCGAAUAUCGAGCCUGCCAAUGGUAGAAGGUGCCAAUGGGCACGAGAGGUUGUGUAGGGUGCUACUGCCCACCGAAACAAAGUGGUCAAUUAGUGUACCGGUAUCGCGUGCGUGUGGUUUGAGGGUAGGUCGGAGGUUCGAAUCGACCGCCCGAUAUCCACUUUUUCGGAACGGCCUCCCCGUCUCCCCUGCAUAUAUCCGCAUUUUUGAACUGGCCUUCGAGCCCUCAGGCCCCCAAUUUGACCGUUUUUUGGACCGGCCUACCGGCCGGGAGCCCCACGAUUUAUCCGCACCGCUGGACGGCCUAUAUGCGUAUAUUCCGGGGUCCUUUUACUGGCCGCGUCCUGCUUCUUCGUCCCCUUUGGUCGGUUCGUCCGACGCCUGGCCAUGAUCCCGAUUGAAUCUGACAGCGGCAUCUUCCGUGAGAAGUACAAGGGUUUCCUUUUGUAACACAAGACCUUCCUAAUGCAGAUCAAUGGCUACCAUGUCCA